AUGCCCCGGAGCGAUGACGCACCACAGGAAGACCGGUCUGCUCCGUUGGACCCGCGCGACGCACCGCUGGCCCUUCCUGCAAAUGGGAACAGGGACUUUUACGAGUUCGGUGACGAGGACCCGGGGGACGAAGACCAACUGACAGAAGCUCACCAGAGGGUCAUUGAUGCUGCCAUAGACCACGAAGAGCUCGACCGUGCGCUCACUGGCUUGGACGAGCCUUUCAAUCUGGACAACGUGCCGAUGAGCCUCACCACUGACGAACCGAUGAGCCAGGAUGAUGUGGGUCGUCACACGUUUGAGGCGCACACUGCGGCGGUGGACCGAAAUGAGACAGAGCGGGUGUGGACGAAUAUGAAGCAGCGGCGGAUCAAGCUGUCCGAACUCAAGCGCAUGAGCGAGGGGGUCAACCGUCGGACGAUCAAGGAGGCGGUGUCGCUGCUGAAGACGAGGACGAAGGUGGAGGUGGACGACAACAUGAUCAUCGAGCCGGACGAUCCGCGCCUGCACUGGCGAGGUGGCCCGCACUACCUUGACUUUGUGAUGUACGUACCUCGCACGCAGGGUCUUCCGGUCGCAUUAUAG